AUGACAACCGACUACCUGGAAAGGGGUUUGCACGAGUUCGAACAUGGAAAUUUCAAAACAGCAAAAGAACAUUUCACCCAAAUAAUAGACAAAGCUGACGACAGUGAUGAUAUUUCUGAGACGUUAAAAAGACGCGCCGUAUGUUGGCACGAGCUGGGUCAUUACAAUGACGCAAUCGAUGACGCAAACAGGAUCAUUAAAUUGGACCCGAAGUCAACUUCCGGUUACGCGAUAUGCGGAAACGCUUUGACGAAACUCGGAAAAUUCGAAGACGCCCUUAACGUGUUUAGACUCGGACUAAAAAUAGACAGCAACGAUCCCGAUAUUAAGAAUGGGUUGAAAGGCAUGCAAAUGGACAUUAUGGAAGGCUUUGAGAAGAAUAGCAAAGAAGGGACCUACGAUGCCGUCAAGAUGAGUUCCCAAGAGCCCUAUCCCGGAGAUUAUGAACUCGAGAUUUUAGAAAGGGAGAUAAUGUGCAAAUGGGGACUAAACGAGUUUCCGGCCCUUGAUCUGACAAUUCCGGACACGCAGAAGGCGAUGCGAGAAUACCAGAAUGCUAUUCAGCUGAAGAAGGCUGGGAAUGACAAACACGCGCUCGAGAAAUUGCGGAUGGCGUUGCGCUACGACCCGGCUGACUUCACGCUGCGGGGUGAGAUCGCGUCGCUACUGCACGAGAUGGGCGAGCACCGAGAGGCGUUCCAGCACGUGCAGUGCAUACCAGGAGACUUCCGUUUACCAAAGUACUGGAAAAUAGGAGGCAAGAUCCUCUCGGCGCUCGAGCUGCCCGUCCAUGCGGAGGCCUGGCUGCGUUCCGGAAGUAAGGCGGACAAGACGGACGUCGAGAUGCCGCUUCUCUUCCAGAACAUCCGGGUCAAGCGUCUGUAUGGGCCGCUCACUGAGGGUACAAAGGUGAAUGUAGUGUUCACGCAGUACGGACGCUCCAUACAGGCGGCGGAAGACAUUAAACAUGGAGACGCUUGCUUUCGGGACAAAGCAGCCGUGCUCGCUCAGACGCUUGAUACAAUACACGUGCCUGCGUGCAAUCACUGCGCCAAAUGUCUGAUGCGAGCAGAGGAUUACUUCGGCAAAGAUGUUCUUGCGCGCGACGCGGAACUUCGAAAAAUAGUCCACAGGCACUGGCCGGUCAGACCGACUAUCGAAUGCAAAGGAUGCGGCACGCAAACCAUCUACUGCAGCACAGAAUGCCGCGAUGAGAGCUGGAGCAUGUAUCACCAAGUGCUGUGUACUUCAGUUAACCCCGCAGUCGAGCAGCUCCAUGCAGUGGCAGCCCAGUACAAGACCUUGGCGCGCGACAACCGCUGCUGGAAGGGCCUCUGGAACGCGUCGUACAGUCCGUUCGUGCUGGCCAAGAUAUGGGCUAGCGUCAUCUGCCUCGCACACAAUCUGGCCACACAGGAGGGCCGACAGAUGCCCACGGCGGCCGACUGGACCAUGGCGAAAUCACCGUUUAGAAAAUUCAUCGCAUACGGUUCCACUAGCGUGAUUGGGGUCAUACCGAAAAUGGUGCAGAUCAUGCAGGAAGUGUUUGACAACGCGCAUCUUCCUGCGCACUUCCGUUACAAAAUAACCAAUAAGGAGUUUGAUGGGCGGUACUACCAAGCCUCGUGCAAUGUACAGGCUUUCUCUGACCCCGCGCCUCCAUUUAGCAUAUUCAUGCGAAAUAUGGCACGUGAUGGGAAACGAGACGUUGUGAUGCCUUACACCCGGGCGGAACCGGAAGAUGCCCUGUUCGCCGGCAUGUUCCCGCUGCACGCCUGCCUCAAUCACUCGUGUGAUAACAACGUCGAGUCCAAGAGAGUGAGCAUUAUAAGUAUUGAAAUAGCGAGCAGUCUUAGUGUGCUGGAUGGACAUCCGGGUGUGUCGGUGAAAGCGAGGCGGCAAAUCAAGAAAGGCGAGGAGCUGUGCACGACUUACAUAAAUACCCGGAUGCCUCGGAAAGAGCGCCGGGCGUGGCUCUAUAGGGGGUACAACUUCUGGUGUCAGUGUCCGCGAUGCAAGUACGAGGGAGACGGGCCGGAUAAGUGCACUGAGUGCGGAAAGGUCGCCAAGGACGAUGGGAGGGACAAAUAUCCAGGGUGCGGAAAAUGUCACUUGGCCUGGUACUGCUCCACCGGGUGUCAGAAAGCGGCCUGGAAGAAGGGACAUAAACGCAUCUGCAGUACGCCUCAUUCCAACAUUCAGUCGUUCCGUGAAACCAACUAUAUCCUCCACGAUAUUAGAAAUGCUGAGACAAAACAGCUGGAUCUGCUGCCCCUCUGCGACCCCGAAUGCUCACCAAACACCGCCCUACCUCCCUCCUAUAGUGAAUGGUGUGAUUACCCCACCCACCAAUAA